AUGGAAGAAAGACAAGUGCAGCAAGCAGCUGAAGAAGAUGUAGCCGCUUCGGUGCCCGCCGAAGUGGCCGACGAGCCGGCAUCGUCGUUUCUGCCGAGAUUGGAUCCCAGCGACGCCGACUCGGGCUACGCAGCUUCGACAACCGCCACCGACACAACUUCACUGCUCUCGUCCAUUGCAAGGUAUCGUGAAGAAAAUGGAAGAACAUACCAUUCAUACGGCUCCACAGAGCACUGGGGCCCCAACGACGACAAAGCCCAAGACCAGCAAGACCUGAGCCACCAUCUCUGGACUCUGGCGCUGAAAGGUCGCCACUACCUCAGCCCAGUCAAAGAUCCCCAACAAAUCCUCGACAUCGGCACAGGAACUGGAAUUUGGUGCAUAGAAGUAGCCGAAAGCCUCCCCGAAGCCGAAGUCACCGGCAUCGAUCUCAGCCCCAUCCAACCAACCUGGGUCCCACCAAACUGCUUCUUCGAAAUCGACGACUAUAACGUAGACUGGCUCGACCAGAACAAAUACGACCUCAUCCAUGCUCGCGAGCUCCUAGGUUCAGCGCCCGACUGGCCAAGCGUCUACAAACAAGCUUUCUCCGCUCUCAAACCGGGAGGCUGGUUGGAGCAACAUGAGCCGUCGUUGUUCUUCACCUCAGAUGCCGUCAAAUUGGAGCCGGACCAUCCGUUCCUGCAAUGGGGUGAGAUGAUGUGCGCCGCCGGAAAUGCGGCUGGGAUGAGGUUUGAUAUUGGCGCGGAGAUGAAAGGGUGGAUGGAAGAAGCAGGGUUUGUGAAUGUGACGGAGUAUCGGAUGCCGUGGCUAAUCGGGGGUUGGUCGAAGGAUGAGCAUCAGAGAGAAGUUGGACAAUGGAAUCAGCUCCGCCUGGAUUUGGGAAUUGCGGAUUUCUGCUCUAGACGGUUCACGAACCAUAUGGGGUUCACGGCCCAAGAGAUCGAAGUUUUUUGCGCAAGGUUGCGGGCUGCGUUUCGCGAUAGGAUCUUUGGAUACCAGUGGGCGUACUUUGUAUAUGGGCAGCGCCCGGAGGCUACAUAA